GCGAACAUGCCAGCCGACGACAGCGAAGCAAUUGAGCGGAUGCCAUUGCUGUAUCCUUCUGCUGGAGGCAAACGAUCAACACCUGUUCAACAUGAUGAAGAAGUAGCGAGUCUCGUCGGUAGCCAUGGGUCAAAGGAGGAACAAACCAUGUCCAAAAGUACCGUUGGCGAACGAUUGCCUUACAAUGAAUACACCAACAUCGACUGGCUUCAUGACCUGGUCAAGGAAUCAUACCGCUUUCGUACCAUACAAUCUCGAGCUGGAUUUCGAUAUCGAUUCAUUUCACUAUUUGAAGCAUGCUCUGGGUGGAUUGCUGUAGUCAUAAUCGGUACCUUGACCGCGAGUAUAGCUUUUGUUGUUGACGUAGCCGUGUCUACAGUAUCAGAUUGGAAGCUAGGGCGUUGUUCGAGGAACCCUUUCCUGGGUAAAGAAGCCUGCUGUGCAUAUACGACACCGCUACUCUCCAACACCCUGCCGAUCACGGAAAGCGAGUGCGAUGAUUUCCAACUCUGGACGAUGAAUUACACGGGUUCGUUUGCGAUAUAUGUCGGCAUGGCCUUGGUUUUUGGUGUUAUCAGUUCUUCGGCAACCUUGCUAACAAAGAGUACGCUUCCGUCCAGCUCUCCGAGCUCACUCUCAGAGGAUCGCACAACUGAGCAACCCAAUACAUUGAGACCUGCUGCUAUAGGGAAGACCAUGUACAUGGCGUCAGGGAGCGGUAUUCCCGAAAUCAAGACGAUUCUCUCAGGAUUUGUCAUUCCUGGUUUCUUGUCGUUGAAGGUCCUCGUUGUCAAAGCGUUUGGUGCAAUAUUUGCAGUUUCUACGGGCAUGUGUCUCGGGAAAGAAGGCCCAUUUGUCCAUAUCUCAGCAUGCGUUGGCCACCUUGUCGGAUCUUUGUUUCCUAGAUACCGUGGAAAUGGUCGCAAGAUGCGCGAGCUUCUCUCCUCUGCUGUUGCGAGUGGACUUAGCGUAGCCUUUGGUGCACCCAUUGGUGGUGUACUCUUCAGCUACGAGGAGAUCAGCACGUAUUUUCCACGCAAAGUACUAUGGAGAGCAUUCUUAUGCUCGCUUUCUGCGGCGGUAGUGUUGAAAGCACUCAACCCCACGGGAACGGGAAAACUGGUAUUGUUUGCAACGAACUAUGGAACAGACUACGAACCCGUGCACUAUCUCGUGUUCAUUCUCUUAGGUAUCUCAGGGGGUAUUUUCGGGGGCCUUUUCUGUAGGCUGAACUUCCUCUGGUCUAGGUGGUUCCGGUCUUUCCCCAUCAUCAAACAGAACCCAGUGCUAGAAGUAUUCAUGGUGGUCUUAGCAACGGCACUAUUACAGUUCCCAAACCCACUAACCCGGGAGCCUGGGGAUAUCAUCAUCAAGAACCUUCUCGUUGAUUGCCAACAGGAGGCAGAAAAAUCGAGCUCGUGGGUCUGUCGGAAUGAACAUGCGAAGGGAGUGCAGUGGGAGUACACCGGCUGGCUUAUCCACGGCACAGUUGCGAAGCUCAUCCUCACCAUCAUCACGUUUGGUAUUAAAGUUCCGUCUGGGGUCAUCAUACCAGCCCUAGAUGCUGGAGCAUUAUUCGGUCGACUGGUUGGUCAGUCCAUCACUUCGAUCUCCCCUGGGAUUUUCGCCAUGGUUGGGGCAGCGGCAUUCCUUGCCGGGGUCAGUCGAAUGACCAUCUCUCUUGCGGUAAUCAUGUUCGAACUCACAGGCCAACUCGAAUAUGUCGUUCCGCACAUGGUGGCAAUACUAGUCGCCAAGUGGGUGGCUGAUUCCAUCUCUUCAGAGAGUGUAUACGAUCUUGCUCAAACAGUGCUUGGCCAUCCGUUCUUAGACUCGGAAACCGCCAUAUCUAUAGUUCGACAGAAGAGGCGACUGGUCGAAGUAUUAGUGCCUCCCGAGCAGACCAUGCGCGAGAUCACGGUGCAUGUACCUCGAACGAACAAAGUCCCGUAUGCAUUGUUGAAGGAAAAGUUGGAGUUGCUCAAGGGUAGAGGAUUGAUGGAUGCGGGCCUCGUGCUUGUACAGGUCCACGCACACUCUUCCUUUCCUUUGCUACAGGGCUACAUUUCGCAGCCAGAACUCGACUUUGGUCUCACGAAGCUCAUUCCACACCAUGGUUCGUCUUCACCGUCGCCUUACGGGCAUUCGGCCACCGAAUUCCAGAUUCGCCUACUGGGGCAUCCCGCAGACUCACCGCCGUCGCCUGAUGCGUUAGAAGUUGACUUUUCACCAUUCGUAGACCGGACACCCCUGAGCAUCUGCGCGACAGCCCCGCUGGAGUACGCGGUGGAAUUGUUUGGAAAACUUGGGCUAAGAUAUCUGUGUGUGACAGAAGAAGGAUCAGGGCGGCUGGUUGGGGUUAUCAUCAAGAAAAGACUGGUUGGAUAUGUGGAACACUUGAAAGAGGUCGGAGAAGAGGAUUGA